AUGUGGAAUACGAAUUGGCACCUGGUUUCAAGAUACCAGGCUCCCCUUCAAAACAGCAAUUUUAUUCAUUUUUUGCUGAUAGUAGGAACUUACUUCUGUGGAUUUCUGCAAGAAAGAGCUGGAAAUGAACCACAAUACAACUGUGAACUUCAACAACUACCUCGGAGAGGUAUGUCUUUAUAUGGAAAGCAAGGAUCAGAAUCCCAUUGGAAGGAAGAGGAAAACUGUGGAAGUGGACGAAACAUUUUUGGCCAGGCGGAAGAACAACUGUGGCCGCAUGCUUCAGCAACAGUGGUGCUUUGGAGGCAUCUGCCGAGAAACGAAGCACUGCUUCGUAGAGGCCGUUUCAGAUAA